AUCUUAAUUAGAAUAUUUUUAAAUAAGAGGUAAUUGGUUUUGGAUCUAGUUCAAAUAAGCAACUAUCGAAUUUUGCUCGAUAACAAUCAAGCAGUGUUAUCGCUUACAGCUGAUGCAGUUCGCGCCAUAAAUUGUUUGUGAUUUAACGCUCGACAACUAAAAAUAAAUUCCAUUAUUUAUAAGUGAAAUGACUACGCUAAUAGAACAGUUAAUCACCAAAAUGGGACUGCGCGAGGAGCCCAACGUAAUGGAGAAAACCACCGAGUUGGUGCGUCUGCUGGAGCUGCGCUCCACAAAUGUGCCACUGCAGAUCAAUGAGUAUGGAAAAAUAGUCUUGUGCGCGGAUCUAGCAUCCUGCCUGCUGGGCAUCGGGUUCGACAAGGAGCAGGCCCUGAAGUUGUCCGGAUUGCGAAAGAGCCAGUACCUCAACAAUAAGCGGAUGUUCGAAAAACUUCUUGACCUAAACAAACUGGCCAGCGUGAACGACAUCUGCGUACAGCUGAGCCUCAAUGAGGUGUCCCGCAAGGCGGAAGAGCUGAUGACCCUCUUUAAGGCCGUGGCGGCCACAGAGGACACCGGCACCGACACCACCCAUCCGCAGUACGCAGCCAUGGCCGUCUUCCAGGCCUGCCGCUUGCUCAAGAAGAAGGUCUCCAAGUCGAAGCUCAUGCCCUUCAGCAACCUGCGGCCCACACAGUUCCAGCAGCUCGAGCAUCAGUGGGAUCGCAUGAUAGCCAAGCACCACAAGGAGGGCAAAGUACCGGCCACCUCCGAUCUGGAAGCCAAACUUAAGCAGAGCCAGCAGGAGAACAUCAAGGACCAGGAGGCUAGGAAGGCACAAAAGCCUCAGGCGGAGGACUAUGAGAUAUGGAAGGCACGAAUGCUGGCCGCAGCCCAAGCCAAACUGAAGGAGUUGGAAGCUUCCCAACCGGAUAACCAGCUCGUCGAGGUUUAGAAUUUUUGUUUUUAGCUUUUAACCGUGUCAUGUGAAAUCCAGUUUUAUCUCUUAAUAGUGCUUAUUUAUUACACUCAUCAUUAUCGUUAGUUCUAGGUUAAAUCGACAAAAUAAAUUGUCAUUCAUAGUAAGUGAUUAAUAAUGUUA